AUAAGACCCAAAGAGCGUGAUAGAGGAGCAACAGCAAGGCGUGCUUUGCGCUAUAGAGAGAGAAAGUUCUAACGCUUCUAAAGAGAGGGAGGAAUUGUCCGAGUUUUAGAGAGAGAGAGUGAGAGAGGGGUAUGAGUGUGAAGAGUACACAGAGGAGGUUUGGUGAGGGUUGUUAAUAGCGAUUUGGUUGAGGAAGUGCACCUUUGAGUAUUAAUUGGCAUUGGCGUCGUUUGGUACGAAGACCGCGUUAAUUUUGGGGCUGUCUCUGCGCUUUGCUGGUUCUUUGUCAUCUCCGUCCUUCUUCAUAGCUUAAUUGAAGUUGAAACCGAGAGUUAUUUAAAGACGAUCUGUUUUUGUUUGCGUUUGGUAUAUUUGUGGCUCAAGAAAUUAAACACACAGAGAAGAAACAAAACUCAGAUGGAGUGUUCUGCCUAUUUAGAUGAAUAUGAAAAGCUUGUUAUACGGAUGAACACUCCAAGGGUCAUAAUUGACAACGCUGGCUGCGCCAACACCACUCGAGUCAUGAUUGACAGUGCGAGGAAACAUGGAAUUCUUCUAGAGGCCGUUCAAAUUCUCACAGAUCUCAACCUUUCAAUUAAGAAGGCUUACAUAUCCUCUGACGGAAGGUAUUUCAUGGAUGUUUUUCAUGUGACUGAUUUAAAUGGAAACAAGUUAACCGAUGAGAGCGUCAUCAACUACAUAGAACAGUCACUAGGUACAAUUCAUUCUACCAGUUCCAAAUCAUUUGAAGGCUUGACAGCAUUCGAACUAACGGGAACCGACAGACUCGGCCUACUAUCGGAGGUUUUUGCGGUAUUAGCUGAGUUGCAAUGCAAUGUGGUUGAAGCUACAAUGUGGACUCACAAUAUGCGGAUUGCUUCACUUAUUUAUGUUAAAGAUUGUGAUUCGGGGUCCCCAAUCGAGGACUCUCACAAAAUUGAUAGAAUCGAAGGCCGGCUGAGGAAUGUUCUUAAAGGGGAUAACGAUAUUCGAAGUGCCAAGACAUCAGUUUCCAUGGCAGUUACUCACACCGAGAGGAGACUCCAUCAAAUGAUGUUUGCAGACCGUGAUUAUGAACGGAAGCAUAUGACAAGUAGAAUUAGUGAUUCCCCUGUUGUGUCUGUUCAGAAUUGCUUGGAGAGGGGUUACUCUGUAGUGAACAUUCAGUGCAGGGAUCGAACAAAGCUUUUGUUCGAUGUUGUCUGCACAUUGACAGACAUGCAAUAUAUAGUCUUCCACGCAACAAUCAACACAGCAGGAAACCAGGCAUAUAUGGAAUUCUUUAUUAGGCACACAGAUGGAACCCCAAUUAGUUCAGAAGCCGAAAAGCAGCGUGUGAUUCUCUGCCUAGAAGCCGCCAUUGAAAGAAGAGCAUCCGAUGGUGUGAGGUUAGAGCUGUGCACUGCGGAUAGGCAAGGGCUGUUGGCAGAAGUGACCCGAACCUUCCGUGAGAAUGGGCUUAAUGUGACAAGGGCAGAGGUAUCUACCACGAGUGAUAUGGCUAUGAACGUGUUCUAUGUAACGGAUGCAAUUGGGGAGCCUGCAGACCCUAAAAUCAUAGAAGAUGUUCGAGAGAGAAUCGGAUUGAGUAACUUAAAAGUGAAGGAAUUGCCUAUGAUCGAUCAUCAAAAGGCCGAAAAGGAUGAACCCACGGUUGGGGUUGGCGGGACCGUGUUGUUAUCACUUGGAAGCCUAGUGAGAAGGAAUCUAUACAAUUUGGGGCUGAUCGGGUCAUAUUCUUAAAAAGAAUAUCAAAGGCAAUUUGUUGGGGAUUGUCCUGUCCCACAGUUGGGCAUAUACUUUGCUUCAGGGUUGGGCAUAUGUUGUACAUAAGGAAAGGAAUUUACUAGGUUAUCGUAGUUGUUUAUAGUUGGGUGUGGUUGGUGAAUAUAGGUUGUGCACAGUCUCCAAUUCAAAUAUAUUGUUUUAGAAGAAUUUGACUUUAGAAGAUUUAAAGCAGAAAAACAAUGUAAAAGUCGUUGGUUGGUUGGGUUGGGGUUGUUUCUAGCUGGCAGAGCGACAGAGUUGGUAGAGGAAAAUGAAAUUGGUUUUACACAGCAUACAUUUGUUGUACAUAAAGACUUCUUUUUAGUAUCAGAUAGUAUUCCUUUCUGGUUCACUUUA